AUGCUGCUGUCCGCCGUCAGCAGGAGCGUGGCGGCGGGGUUCUUCUCCGAGACAUUAGGCGUGCUCAAGGCCGGCUCAUACCAGGAAGGCGAGUGUGCGGCCUUCGCCUUGUCGGAUGCCAUUGGCUGCAGGAUCGGAGAGGGGUUCGUGUGGAUCCGGAGUCUCUCGGGGCGAGAAGGAGAAAGAGGAUCUGGAGCAAGACGAAGGAAUGUAAUGAAGGCUCUGCAGCGCGUGCCAGCCUUUUGUCAGCCUCUCCCCAAGUGGCUCCACCCAAUCAGACCCAGUGAGCAGGGCGAGCGGUCGAGCCCCAUCCACCUCCAUAAAACCCUCCUUGUUGUGCUGCUCAGAGCUCAGGCUCACAACCGCGUCUGGCAGGAGGACAGCACCGCGUCUGCGAGAGGAUUCCUGGAGAGACCAAGUGCAAGAGCUAUGGGCAACUCCUGUGUUACUGGCGCCUGCAGCAAGGGUUCCAAUGGGUCGGGGACAACCUUCAAAUGGAGGAUCGAUGGUUUCUCCUCGCUUCUCGAUAAGGAUGAAGGAUGGACCAACUCCAGUGUGUUUGUGAUCAAGGGGCUUAACUGGUACCUGAUGCUGAACCCAAGGGACAGAAAGAGUGGCGACCAGAAUGAAUAUGUUACUCUUAAACUUGUCCUGACUAAAGUAUCUGAGAGAUCCCAUAUGGUCGCGGAGACAACUUUCAAGUUCCUGAUAUAUGACCAAUUAUAUGGGAAGCACCAUGAAGAGCAUCAAGGUACGUUAGCUCCAUGGAGUAGUCCUUUAAGGUUCGCAACUAGUCGGUUACUAGAUUGAUAGUGUAGAUUAUAACCUGUUUCUCAAGAGGAGUACAAUAGUUAUGAAACAGAGAGAGAGAGAGAGAGAGAGAGAGUGUGUGUG